UAUCACGUUUACGGCAACGCCCUCCCGGCUUUUUCCCCUCCACGUUUACGUCGAUUCUGUCAUAAGCCUGGACAUUUAUAUAUUUAUUUAGCCGCUGCCAAAAACCUGUGCAGCAGCACCAGAGGACGUAGCGUGGACACUGGCGCGUGCAUGUCUGCAUGCAUGAGUGUGUGUUGGGGGCGUGGAGGAAGGCGCGCGAGGGGAGGAGGGUAGUUAGCUUAAAGACUAAUGUCACUAACAGAGAAAAACGGUCCCAGAUGUUUACUGCUGGAAGGAGAGCAGAAGUUGUGAGCGUGCUCGUCGCCGUCAGCGUGGCGUGAAGCCUCGAGAGGAGAGAGUGAAUGCAGCUGAAGUCCAGCCUCCCUUCCUGGAUGUGAAGCAGCGACGUUUCCACUGUGACCACACAGGCGCGUGCCUCCAUUUCAGAAAGCCCCAGCAUCUGCUAGCAAUGAUGUAGACACGGUGAUGAAGAGCCUCGCCGGGAGGAGGAGCACUGACUGACUCUCUUCCCCGUUUCACCACACCCUGCAGUCCAUGUCUGUCCUCACAGGACCGCAAGAGUGCUAUGUCCUCCACCACACCCCCUUCGGCCCAGCCCCCUAAGAAGGGAAGGAAGCUGGAGAAAUCUGAGGUGAUGGCUGACACAGCCCAGGCCACCAAUGAGGAGCUUCGGAGCAAACUCAUGGACAUCCAGAUUGAGAUGCAGCAGGAACGUGGCAAGGUUUGUAAGCUCCGUGAGCGUCUGCAGGAACAGAGGCAAGCUCGGGAGCUCGAGCAACACAAACACGCUGUAGCGCUAACUGACCUGCGCGCCAAACUCCACGAAGAAAAGCUGCGUGAGAUAGCUGCCACCCGGGAGGCCCUGGCCAGGCAGCACGAAUCUGAGCUGGCCAGGGCCAUCAAGAUCCGGGACGCAGAGGUGCAGAGGCUCCAGGGUCUGGUAAAUGCACUGAGAGACGGAGCAGCGGACAAGCUCAAAAAUGCUCUUCUUCUGGAGGCUCGAGAGGAGGCCAGGAGAGCUUUUGAUGGGGAAAGAUUAAAGUUACAACAAGAGAUACAAGAGCAGAAACUGGGCAGGAAGCAGGCUGAGGAGGCGCUAGCUAAUGCUCUUCAAGCUGACAAAGCCAAAGCAGCAGACCUGCGGACAGCCUACCAGCAGCACCAGGAUGACGUGAAUCGCAUCAAACGCGACUGUGAGAAAGACAUCCGUCGAUUGAUGGAUGAGUUGAAGGCGAAAGACCGGGUGGUGUGUACUCUGGAGAGGGAGCUGGGGCUGCAGGCUGGCUAUGCCCAAAAGCUUCAGCUCCAAAAGGAAGCCUUAGAUGAGCAGCUGGGUCAGGUACGAGAGGCUGAGAGACACAACCAUGGCAGCCCCAAGAGAGAAGUGGUGCUCGGGCUGGGAGAAAACCCAGAACUCCUUAACAACCAGGAGGUGGAGGAGCGUGACACGAGGAGGUUCCAGCUGAAGAUCGCAGAGCUCCACUCGGUCAUUAGGAAGCUGGAAGACAGGAAUGCACUGCUAGCAGAUGAGAGGAACGAACUGUUAAAGCGGAUGCGUGAAGCAGAGAGUCAGCUGAAGCCCAUGUUUGAGAAAAAUAAACGUCUGUCAAAGAAGAAUGAUGACCUCUUACAAACAUUACAGCGCAUGGAGGAAAAACUGAAGAACCUGAGCCGAGAGAAUGCAGAGAUGAAGGAAAAUGCGGCUACAUCUCGGCCCCCCUUACAGCAGCAGUCCACCCACUCCCAACUGAAGCGGCCGAGCUCCCUGAGCGACCUUAGCCACGCCCACGAAGAACAGGAGCUGGAGUUCAUGAAGAUGCAGAUUGCUGAGCAGCGUGGCAUCAUUGAUGAGUUAACACAGGAACGGGAUCGACUGGUGAUGAGCAAGAAAAUCAGGAGGAAACCCUCCAAGCUGCUAAAUAGAAAUGUUGUGGAGACAUAUUUUGGAUUUGAUGAGGAAUCUGUGGACUCUGAGACCUCAUCUCUGAUCUCCUACAACACCGAUCUUACAGACCGCACCCCUGCCACUCCAGAGGAAGACUUGGAGGAGAAUGUUUCCCGUGAGGAGUCGGAGCUUCGUUUUCGUCAGCUCACCAGAGAGUAUCAGGCUCUUCAGCGGGCCUACGCCCUCUUGCAGGAGCAGAGCGGGGGCUCACUUGAUGCUGAGAGGGAGGCCAGGACGCGGGAGCAGCUGCAGAUGGAGCUCAGCAGCUGUCAGUCCAAGAUCACUGAUCUGGAGAAGGCCCUGGCUGAGAGAGGGCAGGACUCAAAGUGGGUGGAGGAGAAGCAAUACUUGAUCAGGGCUAACCAGGAACUGCAUGAGAAGAUCUGUGCGUUGCAGCAGACAGAAUCCAGUUUGCAAGCCGAGGUCCAGGACGCUCGGGACCAGAACGAGCUGCUGGAAUUCCGAGUGCUGGAACUUGAAGAGCGGGAACGCAGAUCUCCUGCCCUCAAUUUCCACAUGUCUGCCUUUCCUGAGAACACCAGCAGUGCUCUGCAGAUCUACUGCCACCAAGAGGGAGUCAAGGAUGUAAUCAUUCCCGAGCUGAUGAAGAAACUAGAUAUUUUGGGGGACAAUGGGAACCUCAGAAAUGAGGAGCAGGUGGCUGUGAUCCAGGCAGGAACGGUGAUCUCACUCUGUGAAAAGUGGUUGAAGCAGAUUGACACAACAGAGGCUGCCCUCACACAGAAGAUGAUGGACCUGGAAAACGACAAGGAGCUUUUCAGUAAGCAGAAGGGAUUCCUUGAGGAGGAGUUGGACUACAGAAAGCAGGCCUUGGAUCAGGCGUACAUGAGGAUCGAGGAGCUGGAGGCCACGCUGUAUAGCGCUCUGCAGCAGGAGCAGCCAGCAUGCCGGGCGGUGGCCGAGUCGCUGACAGACAGUCAGAGGGAGGAGCUGAGGCUAGCCGUGGACAAGCUGCGGCGUCAGAUUCUCCGGCAGAGCCGGCAGUUUGACAGUCAGAUCUUACAGGAGCGCAUGGAGCUCCUACAGCAGGCUCAGCAGAGAAUUAGAGAGCUGGAGGACAGGAUUGACUUGCAAAAGAGACAAAUAAAAGAAAUAGAAGAAAAGUUUUUGUUCCUCUUUUUGUUUUUUUCUUUAGCUUUUAUUCUAUGGCCUUAAUGAAAGUGACGUCAGAUUCACAUCAGGUAUUAACAUGUUGUGGAGGCAAGAAAGGAUAAAAUAAAACUUGUAUUUAAUGCAUUUAUAGACGGUUCAUUGAACCUAAUGGCCUUUUUGAUAAACAUGCACUUUUGCAAAACUAUUACUCACAAAGCAGACCUCUUUAUAAUUUAAUAAAGCACCCUGAUGAAGUUAGGGUUCAUUCGUGUAUUAA